GCUCCACUUCAGUGUUCAUAGAAGACAUGGAGACGAUCCUGAGUGUCCUGGGCUUGGAGUGGAUAGACUUCAGAAGUUUUCUGAUAUUUUUCUGUGUUUUUUUGCUGCUGACAGAUGUUUUGAAGAACAGAGUGCCUCGUAACUUUCCACCAGGGCCGUGGUCUUUUCCUUUUAUUGGAGACCUUCCUCGCAUCAAGGCGUCCAAAAUUCACCUGCAGUUUAAAGAGUUUGCAGGGAAAUACGGGAAAGUUUUCAGUCUUCGUUUGUUUGGUGGAAGGAUUGUCGUCAUUAAUGGCUACAAGCUGGUGAGAGAAACUCUUAUUGAACAAGGAGAAAACUUCAUCGAUCGUCCCAACAUCCCGUUGUUUGAAGACAUAGUUGGGAAUAAAGGUCUUAUAAUUUCCAGCGGUAAUCUGUGGAAGCAGCAGAGGAGAUUUGCUCUUCACACACUGAGAAACUUUGGUCUGGGAAAGAAAACCCUGGAGCGAUCCAUCCAGCAGGAGUGUCGGUAUCUCACUGAGGCUUUUGCUGAUCUACAAGGUCAGCCAUUUAAUGCCCAAAAACUGAUCAACAACGCCGUCGCCAACAUCAUCUGCUGCUUGGUCUUUGGGAGUCGAUUUGAGUACAACGACAAGCAGUUCAAGAUCAUCCUUCAACACUUUGACGAUUCACUCUACUUACAAGGAACUGUGUGGGCACAGCUUUACAAUAUAUUGCCCUGGCUGAUGAAAUGGCUGCCUGGACCUCAUCAGAGGAUUUUCACCAUAUCACAUGAAAUAUUAGAUUUUAUUAAAGUAAGGAUUAAGGAACACAGAGAGAACCUGGACCCUUCGUCACCCAGAGACUACAUCGACUCCUUCCUCAUAGAGAUGGGAGAGAAAGAAGACAAGGAUUCUGGUUUUGAUAUCGACAAUUUGUGUUUUUGCACUCUGGACCUGUUUGGUGCUGGAACCGAAACCACCACCACCACUUUACACUGGGGGCUGCUGUUCAUGAUCUUGAACCCACAAAUACAAGAGCAGGUCCAGGCUGAGAUAGACGCUGUGAUUGGUCCGUCCAGGCAGCCGUCUAUGACUGACAGAGACAACAUGCCUUACACCAACGCUGUCAUCCACGAGAUACAGAGGAUGGGGAACAUCAUACCUUUAAAUGUGGCCCGCACAGCUAACCAGGACACCACAGUGGAUAAAUACACCAUCCCAAAGGGCACCAUGAUUCUUGCUACACUGGACUCAGUUUUACAUGAUGAGUCCAUGUGGGAAACUCCGUACACCUUCAAUCCUCAGCACUUUCUGGAAAAGGACGGCAAAUUCAGGAAGAGAGAAGCAUUUCUUCCCUUCUCUGCAGGUAAACGUGUGUGUCUCGGGGAGCAGCUGGCCAGGAUGGAGUUGUUCCUCUUCUUCACCUCCCUCCUCCAGAGGUUCACAUUUUCAUCUCCUCCAGGAGAGAAGCCCAGUCUGGAGUUCAAACUGGGACUCACUCGUUGUCCCAAACCUUACCGCCUCUGUGCUGCACCACGUUAACCUGCUGCCUGAUGACAGCAGCUAUAAAAUUACUAUAAAAUGAAUCAUAAUGCCAGCCAACAUGAAAAUUCACUUAUACUGUGCAAAAAGAUUAAAAUGUUUAGAAAAUGGCUGUUUUAGGAAAAUAAUGUGAUUUUAUUGGAUCAGACUCAUUAAAUAAUAAUUUCAUUUAAACUGCAUUUGCCCAAAUAUUAAUGCACUCAUGAAAAUACUUUCAGGUAAUGAAACUACCUAAGAUAUUUCUUACAUCUGUUUUCUGUUUAGCAACAGAUUUUUUUUUAGAUUUUGCAAUUUUUAUCUUUUGUCUCAAAGUCCAUCUCUUUUAAGGGUUAGGCCACAGAAAAGGAGGCGGUCCUUGCCUUUUAUCUUUACACCCUUUACAUGCAGUGCACGACUGGUAAGGGGGAUUAUUACAAAUCUCAUAAGAAUCGUUCAAAUGGUGAUGCAAGCUUGAUAUUUGGCACAUGUAACGUCUACUCUUUGCAAAAAUGCUGCUGACGUGCAAGAUGUGUAUUAAUUAAAUUAUUUAUCAUUAGUAGACAUUUUUAAGAGAAAACUGUUUCUUGCUAACCAGAUUAAAGAGAAGCACUAUUUUAA